CCUUACCAUUUCGUAUAUAAGCCACCAUGUUGUUUCUCAAGUUUAUUCACAACUUCACCCAUCAUCUCUUACUGCUUCGACGUAUUGAAACACUAAACCCUUCUUCAACUUUGAUGAUCAUAGAAAACAUGCAGUCCAACCUUCCAUCCAAAAGCCCCCGUCGCUCUUUCGUGCGCUCAGUCCUUCAGCGCAUCACAAAGAAAAAGGACACCGAAAAACAAUAUCCGGCCUUCCUGGAUGCGUCUGCAAUACCUGACAUGUGCCCUGAACAUCCCGACUUCUUCAUAGGCAUGCAUGAUAGAAAUGAUGAUUCCAUUUCUGCCGACAAGUGAACUAGAGAGCUGACGAGUUGUCAUUAAACCCUUUUUCUAAUGGCUUCAUUUAUUUAAACGUGGUACGAGGCUUAUGGGUUAAAUAUCAUAACACAUUGUACUGAACAAUUUCUCUUGUAGUGCCUCGUAUCACUACUUUAUUCUGUAUUCGUUGGUGGGGAUUAUGCCCUCAAUGUUGUGCUGAACCAGAGAAGCCCGAAACUGUGAUCAAGUCCGAUUUAAUGUCCAUCGUCGAUCGUCACGUCAUC